GUUGACAACAGACAAAUAACAGUGGCAAGUUCAUAAGUUCACAACACUUUAAAAAUAAAAUAAAACCAACAAAUAUAUGUAUUGCAACAGUUUUAUCAUCUAUCUUGUUAGUUAAUAAAUCAUUUUCCUCUGUUUACUUUUUGUGAUAAGAUACCGUGAUGGCGUAACUAGAGGUUACAGUAAUUACGCGGCUUGUUUGUCACGACGUAUAAUUGCUUGAUUUAUUUACGUUUUACUUCCACAAUGUCACUAAAAACUUUAUUUUUAAGAACAAUUCUAAGACAGAACAAUUUGAUCAAAUUUGCUCCGAUUCUAGUCAGAAAUCAAUAUUAUGAAGAACAUAGAAAUUAUAAUAGAUCUAGGUUUGGUAAAGCAACAGCAAUUGUAUUCAGUUCUGUGCUCGUUGGAUCUGCUGUAAAAGAGAAAAUAGAAAAGAAACAAAAAGAUUCAAAAGAGGAGCUAAUUGAAAUAGGUGUGAAAAGACCAGACUUGCCCACAUAUAGAGCUGAAGAAGUCAGCAAACAUGCUGAUAGAUCAAAUUUCUGGGUCACAUACAAACACGGUGUAUAUGACGUCACUGAGUUUCUCCCUUCACACCCUGGAGGGAAACAGAUUCUGAAUGCUGGAGGCUACAGUAUUGAGCCCUUUUGGAACGUUUAUGGCAUGCACAGGACAAAGCAAGUGUAUGAUUUACUGGAGUCUUAUAGAAUAGGUAAUCUCCAUGAUGAUGAUGUAGUAGAUCAUUCUGAUGAUGAACUGUGGGCGCAAGAACCGCAUAGAGACAAAAGACUUGUAGUCAAAACGGCUAAGCCUUUUAAUGCAGAGAUACCGGCAGACGAACAAGUAGAUAACUUCGACACGCCAAACGAUCUAUUUUACGUGCGCCAACACAUGCCGGUUCCACCGAUAGACCCAAGCAAGCACAAAUUGAAGAUACAUAUAAAAGGGGCUAAGAAUAAAAGCUACGAAUUCAGUCUGACACAAUUGGAGAAAAAGUUUAAAAAAGUUGAAGUGAGCGCCGCCUUGAUGUGCGCGGGAAAUAGACGCAGUGAAAUGAAUAAGGUGAAACCAGUGAAAGGGUUGAGUUGGACGGUCGGUGCGAUAAGCAACGCAACGUGGACGGGCGUGUAUCUGCGAGACGUGCUGCUGUACUGUGGCGUGGAUCCUAAUGAUACUGAGGGGAAGCAUGUUAUUCUGGCGGGCGCGGACAUAGACGCGACCGGCGAGCAGUUCAGCACAUCCAUCCCGCUGCACAUGGCGCUGGACCCGCUGGCGGACGUGCUGCUCGCGACGCGCAUGAACGGCGAGCCGCUGCCGCCGGACCACGGCCGCCCGCUGCGCGCGCUCGUGCCCGGCGCGCCCGCCGUGCGCAGCGUCAAGUGGCUGGAAUCCAUAACGAUAUCCACCGACGAGAGCCCCUCCCACUGGCACCAGCAGGACUACCGCUCGUUCAACGCCAGCAAGACGUGGGAGACAGCGGACUUCAGCACCGCGCCGCCCGUCUACAGCUUACCGGUCACGUCUGCCAUGUGCUCUCCCUGUGAUGGGGACACUGUCGAGGUCAAAGAUGGACAUAUUGAGCUGAAGGGGUACGCAUACUCCGGCGGUGGUGCUAAAAUCCUUCGCGUGGAUAUAAGCUCUGAUGCUGGGAAAAACUGGAUCGAAGCGGAAUUACGCUCCCACAGUGCGCCUCAUCGUCGACACUAUGCGUGGACUCUAUGGAGCUUACAGUUACCAGUAGACAAAAAUAGUAAACAGUUGGAGAUAUGGGUGAAAGCAACGGAUAGUAAUUUCAACACUCAACCAGAGAAGUUCGACGACAUCUGGAACAUUCGAGGGAUACUCGGGAACGCGUAUCAUAGAGUGAAGAUCAAUUUAAUACAUAAAUAAACAAUAAACAUGGGUUAAAAAGUGUCUAUCCCUUGCUCUAUGGUACAAAAUGUGAAAAAAUAUUUGUCCCCUUUUUUUAAAGGAUUUAACUGAUUCGAUCAAACGCUUGUCCUUUUUGUCAUUCAUAGUACGAACGUAGAGUAAAAAAAAUGUAGUAAAAAUAAUUCAAAAGUUGGAAAAUAUCUAUGAUAAUACCCAAUCACUAUCCUUAUAUUUCAUUAAUUUUAUUUAUGUGUUUGUACAAUAACAACACAGUAGAAGUGCGAAAACAAUAUCUAAGAAUAAAAAAAUAACAUUUAGAUUUGCAGAUUAAAAUAUUACUCACAUAAAUAAUUACGAUUUACGUCUGGUCAUAGAUUUAAAAAAUCACAGAUUUAACUUGUAAGAUUAAAGUUGUUAAGUUGCUCACAUUUUUUAGAAAUUUUAUUAGUAAUUAUAAGCUUUCUUAUCGAUAUUAAAAUAAAAAUAAAUCGCCAAAUAUGGGGCUAAGCACAAACUCAAGACCGGCUUUCGGCAUUCAUUUUAUACGUUCUUGUUUUUAUUUAUUUGUUAUUGUAUUCAGUCUCUUUAUGGAUGGACGCGUUGCGGGGAAUAAUACUUAGUAUUUUAUAAAUAUACUAGCUUUCCGCCAGCGGCUUCGCCCACGUAGUUAAAGAAAAAUCCGCAUAGUUCCCGUUCCCGUGGAAUUUCCGGGAUAAAAUUAUCCCAUGUCCUUUCUCAGCCAUAUCCGUGCAGUACUUUUUUGAAUUUAGAAAGACAAACAAAUUCUGUAAACUAUAUUUCUGGCUUCGAUCUCGAUUGUUGAUCACGUCCCAAAUAUUCAUUUUAAAAAAAAGACGUGUGGCACUCGGGGACUGCCGCGGUAAAGCUAUUGCAUGCUAUGCCUUCAAGCCACACCUCCGUGCCCGUCGGAGUGG